GUUAUUUGGAAGUCAACAAAAUAACUUGUAAGAUGAAAGAGGGAAUUCUACUUUCAAACAAUCAUACCCCAUAAUAAUAAUAAUAAUAAUAAUAAUAAUAAUAAUAAUAAUAAUAAUAAUAAUAAUUCUUUCUUUCCCACCUUCCAUUGUCUUUCUGUCUCUAUAAUCUAAUAUAUUCAAUCUCACAAUCAGUCAAGUCAGUCAACCAAAGUCUUCAUUUGCAACAGUAGUCACCGGUCAACGCCCCUCCCAACACGCCUUACCUUAUAAUUCCAUAAUGACAAUAAUGUGAUCACAAUGACAUUGAUAAACAUAAUUAUUAGUUUAUGGUUGGCCCAAACAACAAAAACAACCUUAGUCGAUUGUUUUGAGGUUUGAACUAUAGGUCUAUUUGGAUUGGAUGGAUCGGUUUUAGUCACGCAAUUAAUAAAAAUUGAUUUCGGUAAUUUGAAAUUGAAACCUAACUAAUAACAUAACAAUCUUUUUCGACAUCAAGAUAGAGCGUUUCAUUGUCAUUUGACUCAUUUUGAAAUUUUUUUGUUUGUUUUUAGUUGUGAUUGGUUUCAACAUUGUGAUGUAUUGAUAUAUAAUUUCAAUAGCAUAUUUAUUAUUCUUAUCUCCAAAAAUAUAUCGAAGUGAAUGUCAUUUUGUAAACAUAAAUAAUAUGAUUUUCCAGUGCAAAAAAAAAAGUCUACACCUGGUUACUUGUUUUAAUUUUUUUAUUGCUUUUAGAGGUAGUUAAACACCAAAUUCGACAAAAGUUACUCAAAUUUUAGUAAACUUGCACCACUUAAACUAAAUAUGAAUACUCGAAUUAAUGCACCCUGUCUACAUUUUUUUAACAAUUUCACUGUCAUAUCGACAUUAUAUCUUUUAUUAAUAAUUAACACCCCCUACAAUUUCAUACCACAAAUUACACUCUUUCAUAGGUUUUCUUUCUUCCAUUAUUUUACAAUUUACUUUACUUGACCAAGACUAGAAUCGCAAAACUCUUGACUUAGGAAUGAGAUUGAGUCACUCGGAAAUUCCAACACACACACUCAGAAAAAGCCAUUUUCUCCGUGAUUUGUUCUUCUUCUUCUUCAUUUCCAACUUCCCUCCUCCAAAAAUUUCCACUUGUUCAUCCCCAACAUUUCUUUUCCCUCUCCCUAUUUAACAAAUUUUUAACUAACAAACUCCCAAUUUUAUAUAUGUUGACUUCCUGAACCACUUCCACAAGAAGAGAGAGAGAGGGAGAGAGGGAAAGGAGGAAGAACAAUCAAGUAGCAGGCGGCAACCGGCGCAAAAUCUGCAGACAGAACAUGGUGAAACAUGAAAUCAUCAUCGACAAAUUCAUGCCUUCUUUCCUCUUCUCCUUGUUCUUCUUCUUAUUAUCCUGCCUUCCCUUCUCCGCCGUCUCCCAGCUGUCUCCAGCUCAGACAGCAGCCGCCGUCGACAUCGCCGGGAAGCUCGCGAACAACUCAGCCGCCGUCCUCUGGAGCCCUUCCACGCAGCCCAAUCCGUGUUCAUGGCGGGGAGUGCUCUGCUCAGCCGAUAAUUCGUCCAUCACGGCGCUUUCCCUAUCUGGGUUUGGUCUCUCUGACUCUGAUUUCUUACUCGAUGUCUGCAAGAUUGAAUCUUUACUCUCACUCGAUGUUUCGAACAACCAUUUGAGCUCAAUCCCUGAUGGGUUCAUCGCCGGCUGUGGCGGGAUGGGUGGGUUGAAAGUUAUGAAUUUCAGCAAGAAUCAAUUGGUGGGUUCUUUGCAAGUUUUCAAAGGGUUUGUAGGGUUGGAAACUCUGGAUUUGUCUUUCAAUUCGUUAUCUGGGAAUGUUAGUUUUCAGCUGGAUGAAUUGCAAUCCCUGAAAAGCUUGAAUCUUAGCUGGAAUAAGUUCAGUGGUCCGGUUCCUGGGAGAAUCGGGAAUUCGACUGGAUUAGAGGAGCUUGUUCUUUCUGUGAACAGUUUCACAGGAGGAAUUCCUAGGGAAAUUGGGGACUACAAGAAUUUGAGCUUGAUCGAUCUCAGUGUGAAUCGUCUCUCGGGUUCUGUUCCUACCGAAAUCGGAUCCCUCAUCAGGCUGAAGACUCUGAUUCUGUCAGCCAAUCAGUUGAGUGGGGCAAUCCCACCAUCGAUUUCAAACAUUCCAGCAUUGGAGAGGUUUGCUGCGAAUCAAAACCAGUUUGAUGGCAGCAUUCCGAUGGGACUAACGAACUUUCUGAGGCUGCUGGACCUCAGCUACAACAAGUUAACUGGUCCAAUUCCAGAUGAUUUGUUAGCGCAGCCGAGGUUGACGACUGUCGAUCUAUCUUACAACUCGUUGAAUGGUGCAAUCCCUGUGAAUUUAUCGUCUUCCUUGUUUCGCCUGAGGCUUGGGAGCAAUGCACUGAAUGGAAGCAUUCCUACCUCGUUUGUUUCACUUCAGAGUCUGACCUAUUUGGAGCUGGACAAUAACAGCUUGAGUAAUGUAGUUCCUCGUGAACUGGGUUCUUGCCGGAAUUUGGCCUUGUUGAAUUUGGCUGAGAAUGAGCUGACUGGUUUCCUCCCUGAAUCUGUUGGAAAUCUUGUCAGUCUCCAAGUUUUGAAGCUUCAAUCCAACCGUCUGACCGGUCCCAUCCCGGAGGAAAUCACCCAGUUAUUGAAUUUGUCGAUUCUCAACGUCAGCUGGAACUCGCUGAAUGGUUCAAUACCUCCUUCAGUGUCAAACUUGCAAAAGCUCACUCACUUAACUUUGCAAGGCAAUGAUCUCAGUGGAAGCAUACCAGUCACUAUCAGCCAAAUGAACUCUCUAAUCGAGCUCCAGCUUGGUCAGAACCAGCUGACGGGUUUAAUCCCACCAAUGCCGGUUAGAUUGCAGAUCGCUUUGAAUCUCAGCAACAACCAUCUCGAUGGCCAUAUCCCAAACAGUCUGGCACAACUCAGAGACUUGGAAGUUCUCGAUCUCUCAAACAACAAGCUCUCUGGAGAGAUUCCGGAUUCCCUAGUUGGAUUAUCUUCCUUAAUCCAACUCUCACUCUCGAACAACAACUUGUCUGGAACUGUUCCACCUUUCAAAAACUUUGUAGCUCUUAACACAACUGGAAAUGAAGAACUCGUCUUACCUCCUACGAAACAAACUCCACCACCUCCUCAGAAAAGGAAGAAGUCGGUAGCCAUGGGAGUCAUUCUUGCUGCGGUGUCUGCAGUUCUAGCUGUUGCUGUGGUCGCCAUUGUUGUUCUCUUGUUAUCGAGACGUGUCCUCAAAGUGAACAAUGAUCAGCAGUCCGAGCUAGGGGAAGAUGAUCAUGUCGUGGGACCACCUCAGCAUGUCAUCCACGGCAACCUCCUGACGUCGAGUGGAAUCCACAGAUCGAGCAUCGACUUCUUCAAAGCAAUGGAAGUGGUGGCUGACCCUGCAAACAUCGUGCUCAGGACGAGAUUCUGCACUUACUAUAAGGCCAUCAUGCCUUCUGGAGCAAUCUACUUGGUCAAGAAGCUCAACUUGAGUGACAAGAUUUUUCAGAUGAACGGCCAUGAUAAGUUCGCUGCGGAAUUGGAGGUGUUGGGGAGAUUGAGCAAUUCAAAUGUGAUGACACCAUUGGCGUAUGUGUUGACGGAGGACAGUGCUUAUCUGCUCUAUGAGAACCUCAAUCAGGGUUGCCUUUUUGACCUUCUUCACAAGGUCGAGAAAGAGAAGAUGGUUGUUGAUUGGUCUAAUAGGUAUAGUAUAGCUGUGGGAGUAGCUCAAGGAUUGGCUUCUCUUCAUGGAUGUAGCUCGGGGCCGAUUCUUCUGCUCGACCUUUCGAGUAGGAAUGUUCUGCUGAAGUCGAUGAAGGAGCCUGUUGUUGGAGAUAUUGAGCUGUGCAAGGUCAUUGAUCCGUCAAAGAGCACCGGCAGCCUUUCUAUGGUCGCUGGCUCAGUGGGUUACAUCCCUCCAGAGUACGCUUACACGAUGAGGGUAACGAUGGCCGGAAAUGUCUACAGCUUCGGAGUAAUCCUGCUCGAACUGGUUACAGGGAAACCAGCAGUAAGCGACGGGAUCGAACUGGCCAAGUGGGCUACCAGCAACUCCAAGAAUCAGGACAGGUGGGACGGGAUCAUUGACAGUAACGUCAGCAGAGGCUCACUUUCCGUUCGAAGCCAAAUGCUUUCUGUUCUCAAGGUUGCUCUCAGUUGCGUCAGUGCCUCGCCAGAGGCAAGGCCGAAGAUGAAGAGCGUGUUGCGCAUGAUCCUCAACGCCCGGUGAGCGUGCGCCUAAAGCAAUCCCCUUUAGGUAUAUGCUUCAUCUGAGACGAGCGAGGCCAGACGCAUUCGAAGAUCACAACUCUUAUGUACAGGUUAAGAAAAAGAAGCAGCUGUGUUUGUGUACACUAUUUCCUCCUGUUCUACAGGUAUCAUUGCGAAAGUAUUAUACCAGUUUUGUUGUCUGUGUAAUCUAGUAUUUGUAUCAGAGCUUUCUGUUGUUCAUAGGUGAAGUCUAUGAAGCCAUCUGUCGAGGAUCUUUCUUCGUAGGUUACAAUGAAAAGG